CCCAUUUCACAUCACAAUUGCAACAUCAGGCACAUGCCAUGGCAGCCGCGUUCGCCCAGCACGGAGCUGCCGUCUGCGUCAUGUAUUUAUUCUUCAUCUUCCUCUCUCUCUCCUAACCUCCCCCAUUGUCUCAUUUCCCACCUUAACAUCACAACCUACAAAACCUUCAGUCCAUUACUUCCAACCACAAUUAUCCACUCCCCAAACUCCCCACAGUCGCAUUCAAGAUGACUGGCGGCGCGCAUGCAGGCAACAGUGUCGGCGAGGCCAUACGGAAAGGUGUCGGCAUGGUUCACGGCGCCGGAGAAGGCAUUCGCGGAAACGUCAAUGCGGCCGUCGACUCUGCUACCGGCGACCACGAGUCUGCAGCACGGAAUGAAGCCAUCGCCAGUCGCGGCGCCGACGAGAUGGACCACGGCUAUCAUCGUCAUCCCCGAGCUGCUGGCCCUGGUCAGGCCGAUCAGGGACUCACGGGUUCGACUAACUAUGGGUCGCAUCCGACGAACGUCGGUAAUAAGAUGGAUCCGCGAUACGACUCCGAUGUAGAUCAUCGAGGAACUGCUCAGGGUUCGACGAACUACGGCCCACACAGCACCAAUAUCGGAAACCAGAUAGGCGUCUACACCACUCCAAUAUAUCUAACUUCUACACCUGUCACUGUCCCUACUGCGUAUUUCAUUUCUCUGGCUUUAGCUAAUUCCCCAGACCAUCAAGGCGCGCAAUUCGACGGUUCCGGAUCGACUAACUACGGCCCACACAGCACGAACUUCGGGAACAAAGCCGAUCCUCGUUAUGACUCCGAUUUGGACCACCGUGGCACUCGGGAAGGGUCGACGAACUUCGGACCACACUCCACAAAUAUUGGCAACAAGCUAGACCCUCAUGUGGACUCAGAUAUGGAUCAUCGCGGCGCAAUACACGGUAGAUACGGUUCAUCGAACUAUGGACCCCAUCCUACCAACAUCGGCAAUAAGCUUGAUCCACGCUACGAUUCGGACCUUGACCACCGGGGUACUACAGAAGGGUCGACGAACCAUGGACCGCACCACACGAACAUAGGCAAUAAGCUCGAUCCACAUUAUGACUCCGAUCUGGACCACCGGAGACCUGGAACACACCAGUACACCGCUGGAGCAUUAUCAACCUAUGAACCAACGCACUACCGGUCUCAGCCUACUCAUUGCAGCAGCAUCUUGAAUGCUUUGGACCCUCGUGUUGACUCAGACCAUGCUCGACGUACUUCACGCGAGGAACCUGUACCUAGAACCAGCACAUUUGGAGCACCACGCCGCGCUGAUACCAAUCCCGUGCCUCAUCUCCACCACCACUGUCCUCCCGACGGCGAAGAGAAGUUGGAACGAUACGAUCGUCGGCCCAGCAAGUCGCAACAUGCUCCCCACUCCAACCGCGUCGCCAACGUCCUCGAUCCUCGCGUCGGGUCGGUGGCGCCACUCGGUGAACCCCAUUCCGCUCAGAAUCCGCAUCAGAGCCAGUUUCUGAAUUUGCUCGAUCCAAGGGUGGACAGUGUUGCGGCGAAGAAGCAUAGGUCGAGCGACAAUGUGUAGAGAUGGUGCUUCGUGAGACGUUGCGCUGGUAGCUGGUAGCCUGAAUAUGAUUUCAUUUCCCUAAAUCAUCUGCUAGAUAGAUGCUGGCCCGUUGUGUUGAUGCUAAAUGCUGGAUGGACAUUCUCUCCGCCUAGGCGUGGAUGCGCGACUUUGUUGGCUGGGCUUGCGGGAGCCUAGAGUGCUUCGCGGGUCUUUGCCGCUUGUCAAGCCGCUGCAGCAGAGAGGAUUAGCCUAGUUUUAGGGGAGUUGGAAGUGCUU